GAUGAGUGAAUGAGUGAUAGGUAAUAUUUUUGUUGUUUCUGUUAAACCUGUGCUGAUACACUACUUUAUUUUUUAAAUAUGGCUGGUGAAAAGAAAAAAGCCCUCUUUAUUUGUUUGGGAAACAUUUGCCGGUCGCCCAUUGCAGAAGGAGUAUUUCAAAAAACUGUAAAUGAUUUAAACAAAGGGGACGAAUGGGAAAUCGACAGCGCAGCGAUAGGCGGCUGGCAUGUAGGCAAUCCACCAGACUGGCGAGCGUUGGAUACUAUGAAGAAUCAUGAUGUUCCCUAUAAUAAUUGUGCCAGACAGAUAGUCAAAGAAGACUUUAACCACUAUGACUAUAUUUUUGGUAUGGAUGAUGAAAAUAUGAGAUCACUGAAUUCAAAGGCACCAAAAGGAUCUAAGGCUAAACUCUUACUCUUUGGAACAUUUGACCCAGAAGGAGAGAGAAUUAUAAGGGAUCCUUAUUAUGAUAGUGACGCAAAAGGGUUUGAAAAAUGUUAUCAGCAAUCUGUUAGAUGUUCAAAAGGGUUCUUGGAGCAAUUAGAGAAAGGAAAAAUAUAAACUUAGUCAAGAAUUUCCACAUGAUGGCAUUAAUAUUACAUAAUAUGAGGGGAAUAUAUAGAUAAGUUACAAUAUUACAUUAAAAUAUAUAAAUUGUUGAUAAA